CUCCUAAACCAUUUCCACGGAGGUUUUGCACUUUUGCUGCCUUCCGUUCCCCGUUCGUGUCUUCUGAGUUCCCAAAUCCAGAUUUGAAGAAAAGAAAACAAACCGAAAUUUCCGAUCAAGCCCCCCUCGAUCCCAUCGAAUCCAACCAAAGGGAGGCAGCGGCAGCGAUGAUCCAGCUGCUGUUCGUGGUGCUCGUGGCGGAGGCGGCCGUGGCGGUGACGCUGCUCUUCAAGACGCCGCUGCGGAAGCUCGCCGUGCUGGGCCUCGACCGCCUCAAGCGCGGCCGCCGCGCGCCCGUCGCCGUCAAGACCGUCGCCGGCGUCGUCCUGACCCUCCUCGCCUCCACGCUCUACAGCAUGGCCGAGAUCAGCGGCCGCACCGGGGACCCCGAGUCCGGAGGGGGCGGCGCCCUCUCGCCCACCGACCAGGUCCUCUUCUCGCGUCAUCUCCUCGAGGCGUCCCUCAUGGGGUACUCCUUGUUUCUUGCUCUGAUUAUUGAUCGGCUCCACCAGUACAUCAGAGAACUACGUGGGUUAAAGAAGAACGUAGAGGCUGUAUCAAAGCAGAAUAAAAUGUUAGAGGAAACAAAGCAUGGAAGAAACGAGGAGACAAUCAAAUAUCAGGAAGAGAUCGCCACUCUGAAUGAGGAGAUGAAGAAACUGAAGCUACAAGUUCAAGAAAAGACUGAGGAGGUCCAUGUUGCUGAGGACAAGGCGCUUGCUAUUCGAAAACAAUCUGAAAACUUGCUGCUGGAAUAUGACCGUCUCCUGGAGGACAACCAGCAUCUACGGGAGCAGCUGCAGUCAAUUGAUCUCAGGCUCAACAAUUCUUCUUGAGAGAAGAAUAUUCAAGUAUAACAUUAUCUUAUCAUGAACCAACUUCUGUUGCAGGAAAUCAUCCGUUUCACUUCUGGUUCAGAUUCAAGUUUACUACUCUUUCCAUAGGAGUUAAUACCCAAAGAACAUGCUAAUUUAUUAAUGCCUCACUUAUCGGUUUUGCCAUCUUUACUUAGCCAUAUGUUGCAACAUAUAGUGUUUUGCAGUUAGGUUUGUUACCAUUGUUAUAAUGGUGCAAACUUAUGUUUUUACUAGCUAAAUGCACGUGAUUUGCUACCUAAUUAGUAUUAUUAUUUUGCAUAAGUUGUUAAAUGCUCU